AUGGACUUGAACCCGCGGCUCAAGCGUUGUCCGACGAUCAGUCUACGGGGCACCGACUGCUUCGUGCUUUGCUACUGCAACGGCGAGCUCAUCGAGCGGCUGCGCAUGAGUCUUCUCUCGGGCAUCGACACGGCGCACGCCGUGAUUCCACGCGCCAGUGAGUCUUCCGAGUUUGUUGUUAACGAGCUGCGCGUGCCGGUGACGCUGGAGACAAAGGAGAGCGGACCUGUCAUGCUCGUUAACAGCAAGUACGAGCUCCGCAUGUCGCCCGAGCCAUCGGUGUGGUGCAUUUAG